UAGAGUGACUGUAUGUAGUCUCGAGUACCAGAGUCUCUUGUGUAAAUACAGGCAUAGGUAAGAAAAGUUUACACGUGCAAAAACAAUUGCAUCUCCGUAAGUAAAAUAUUAAUAAUUGGAUAAGGUAACAGAGGAGAGAGUAAUUAAUAUUAAAAACUGGAAUUCAAGAUCGGUUUAACGUGUGGCGUCCUACUAUCAAAUAAAGCACGAUAUUUGUGUAAAAACGAGAUUCGAGGACAGCAAUUGGCUAGUGAUCGGUAAUGUUUGUCGCGACGACUUCCAUCCGUGUCAGAAACUGAAAAAGAAUUGCCUUCGAGAUGUAUGCAUACGUGUUCUAACUUCAGUUGUGCUCGUGCAUCAAAUAUAGAUAUUAAGCUGAGCUUGUUAGAAAAACCAUGACAAGAAGGCAUGGGUGAGCACAACAGCGAUCUUUAUGAGCAACAACUUUACGCCGUGUUUGAAAGUUGUUUGGCAAAAGGCAAGAAUGAACUUGAAGAGAGCAAUCUGUCUUCUAUAUGCAGCAAGUUACAUCUCGAUGGAUUGACUGAGGAAUUAAAAUCCUGCAUUUGCAAACAUGCAGACAAGCAGACUAUAUCCUUUCAGGAAUUCCGGGAUGGUUUGCUUGUUCUGUUGAAGAAAUUCCAAGGAUUGAUCACGGAUAGGCAGUGCAUUGUACAACCUCAUUAUAAUUUGAAUACAUGUAAUGUCGAUAUCAAAGAGAGCGAGCUCACGACGUCAGUUAAUAACGUAUCAAAAGUUCAUCUUCAGGAAAUGGAGACCGGAGUCACAAUGGAUGAGAGCAAAUUGAUACGCUUCUGGGAGAAGAUCAAGAUUUAUCUGCGGGACUAUACAGAUUCUACAGCAAUACAGUUCAUACUGAGCUGUGCGGGGAUUCCUGAGCUUCCGAGACAGAUGACCGAAUUUAUCUUUGAGAGGCUCGACCAGAACUGCGACGGGUUAAUUAGCUUCGACGAAUUUGUAAUUAUAUUCCAAAAAAGGAGGAGAACAGAAGCUUUAAGGGAACAUAGCGAAUCUCAUAGUAGCAUUGUAAACUGUAGUGUAAAUACAUUAGAUUUUAAUCUAUACGAGCCCCAUAGGACUGAUUCUGUACAGUCUAACAAGAGCACAGAUAAGGAGGAAGUCGCUGGCGUUUCUCGCGUCUCAACGAUCUUGCCCAGCAGAGAUCUUAGUGUUUUGGAUACCAGUCUCGUGGAGGUAACGAAUAUCAUAUGCGACGAACUGAAAAGUCUGAACGAAUCAUUAGACGACGACACUAUUCAGUCUCACAUCAGCUUGUUACGAGAAAUGCUUACGCUUUACCAAAACGAGCAACGCAAUCUGAGCGUCUUGAUCGAGAAUAUGAAAGCGGAGAAAGAGAAAAUGCGUAUGGACAUGUUGGAAGCUAAUGAACGGGCAAAUUUGUUGGCACAGGAGAUCGACGAGCAUCAGACACAACUGGAGAAGACUAAGGAAAGUCUGCAGAAACAGAGUCAGCAACGUUAUGCCGAAAUCACGAAGGAAUUGUCAAAUCAGCUUAAUAUCGAACGAGAGAUAGACGCUGCAGCCUUAAAAUCAAAAGACGAUCAGCUACAGCUAUUACAAAGGGAGAAUCACGACAUGAAGAAUAAAUUGAUCAACACAUUGCAAGACAAUCAAAUGCUCGAAGCGGAGAACAGCACUUUCCUAAGCCAGAUUGAGAAGCUGAGGCAAUCUAACAACGAUUUGUUAACACGCAUGAAGAUGUUAGACGCGGAGCAUGAUGAGAUACAGAACUUAGAGGCGAAGCAGCAGGAGCAAGUAGAGUUUUUCGUCGAUAGGAUCAAGCAAUUGCAGUCGGAAGCAACUCUCCUGCGAGACCAAAAUGACGAGCUCAAUGCGGAACUGGAGAUUUUCAAAUGCCACGGCAACGAGACGAGACAGGACGAGGCACCGUCGUCUUUAGCGUACGAUCUGCAAUUGGAUGAGACUCCAGACGAGAAUCAUAUAACGACGACACAGUCGUUCCAAGAAGUCCGACAAGCUGAUGCGAGAGUUCCGUUUGGGUUCAAGUUCCCAUCAGACGAAGGACAGCUCGACGCGUCAAAUUCUAGUAUCAUGGAUGUCGAGAAGUUGCAAGAUAGGAUUGUAAAAGAUUUGGAGAAUGUGUUAUUGACGAGCACGAAGUGCGCCUCGGAGAAAUGCGCGUUGAGCGACGGUGUAGCGAGGCUGAUCAACAACUUACAAUCGAAUCUUCCGUUACACUGUUCCACGCGGGAUUUUGGCAAGAGUUUGGCGUCUGAGCUCGAGAUGGAGUGUGAGGAACGAGUCCACGAGUCACUGCGGGAUCUAGUCGUUACCAAAGCACCGAAAUCGCUCCCAACGAAGCGUACAACGAUGUCUAACAGCGCGGAAGAUCUCGACGACUUCACUGAUCAAGAUGUAAAGAGUGUAACGCAAAACAAGACAACAAGCCUCAGAGAUUACCCACCGCGGAAAGAAGAACACCCCGCGGAACAAUGCAGAACUAAUAAGGAUAUUUCCUCGAACAUCAUCGAGAUCGAAAGUAUUUCAAAGAGUGUUUCGGCAAACGCUGGGCUGCAAGAACUCGAGGUAAAGCAUAUGACAGAGAAGAAGCAGUUGACAGAACGCUGCUCGGAACUUGAGCGUAGUCUAGAGCUGCUAAAAGCCGAGUAUGAAGAAUGCGAAGAUUAUUGGGCCGCUAAAUUGGAGGAGGAAAGACAACUCUUUGAGCAGGAACAAAAGAUCAGCGAUGACAAGCUUGCUGAGCUUAUUAAUAAGAUAGCAGAAUACGAAGAAUUAAUUAGCCCUCUAGAUAAAUCGAAAACUAACGGGCGAUUAUCCCCGAUAGAUGAGAAGUUUAACUUGGAGCAACAGUAUGUAGAUCUUGAAGAAGAAUUUGAGAAAUGGAAGGUAAAGGCUGAAAAUGAGAUCUCCCAGAGGAAUGUGGAAAUAGGGGAUCUGCGUGAAAAAUUAAGAUUGGCGGAGCAGAUGGUCACAAAUGAUUCCUGGGUGCAAGUGCCAGAUGAGAUCUCUUUACGGACGCUAUCAAAUCUGUCACAUUGCAAGUCCUCUAGUGCGUCUAGCAUUCCGUCGAUGACUGAGCCGGUCGAGAAUUUAGUGGAUCUACAAACAUCCGAUGCAAACAAUCAAACAUGUUAUACCUCGGAACACCCGUCGUCCAAUGAUUCUAGCAGGCUAAUAAAACCAGAAGAUCAAACCGACGGUUAUAAUUUCAACAUUUUGCGCGACGAAAGUUCCACGAAAGAGAUGAAAGCUACGCAUAAGGAUAAGAAAAAUCAAAUGUACCAAAAGGGUUCACAUGUUGGUACUAAAGUGAAGGAGGGGGAUAAGCGUGAUCCGGACUUCACAUGGAUGCAGGAUGUACUGAUGCAAAGUUUGAACGGAGUCAGCUGCCAUUGCGUACAGAACAAUACGCAACAACGCAUGUGUUGCAUCGAUCCGAACGUUUUGCAGAACCUGAAUAUGAAACUUUACGCACAAGAACGCAAGAAGCGGCAGUUGCAGCAUUACUUCAAACGGCAACAGCAACAAGUUGAGAAAGUCUUACAACGUAUUAUGACACAGCAUCAGACAGAAUUGUUUGAGUUACAGUGCCUUCUUCGCAAUACCCAGGAAAAGCUUCAAGUGCAAGUUCAAACAACCGUUGAUCAGGCCGACAGAUUAGUCAGUGCUGACAUACUAGUGAAGGAUUUAUAUAUAGAAAAUGCGUGCCUCACGGAACACAUAAAGCGCCUGCAAGAACGGUGUCUCAUUUUGAGUGGCUUCAACAUGGAAACUACUUCAAUGUGAUGUUCAAGUAGCUAUUACGGGUAUGAUAAGUUUAAUUUAUGCAUUAUUGUGUCCGUGUACCGAGUAAUUAUAAAUUAUUUAUUUUUAUGCGAUUAUUAGCGAGAAUACGAAUUGCGUCGUGAAGCCCCGAUAUAACUCAGGGAUGCAUAUGGUUGGAAAAUGUAUAUUGUAGCACAAGUGCCUUUAGUUUCUAAUUUAAAUUUAAGACUACAGUGGGACAUAUUUCGCUUUAAUCGAUGUCAUAUUAUUUAGUGAUGGAAACCUGAUUUAUAGAGACAGUUAUUUUAUAAAUAAUAUACAGUAAAAUACUACGCACACACACUCACAAAUCACAAUGAUAUCUAUGAUUCCAAAUGUAUCUCAACUUUUUUUUCAGCAAACAAUUUAAUAUAUUAAAUCUGCUAUUUUUUUCUUUAUGGAUUGUUCAUACUUGAGCAAAAGCUUUUUUUUGAAAGCAUAGUCAUCGCCAACAUGAAUCUAUACAAAUGUAUAUCAUAAGAAUGAAUUUUUCCACAUUAUCUUACGAGCAAACAUUAUACAAUUUACUUCUGUGUGUGCAUGGAAAAAAUCAAAUAAUUAUUUCCUCCUUAAAACAGAAGUAGCACUAGAGUAGCGCACAGUUGCUCACGAUAUUAUACUGCUAUGUCAUUGAACUUGAGGCAGAUCAAAGCACGGGAAAUGCUGAUUAUACAACAGUCUUUAGUUUUUCAAUUAGUACAAAUGUAAAAGAAAAGACAAAAUAUCUUGGCGAUUCGAGAGAAAGAAUGAGUACGCUUCCUAUAAUAAUUCAUCAUUGCCGCGCUCUAUAUCAGGUUUAUAUUGCGAGCCUUCAUUUGCAAUUCAAAACACCGAUUCGUCCGUACGCUCUUCAGCAUCGUCCGCAUUUCAUAUUGCUUCUGUCUCGAGGAAACAGUUUGUUUUUUCAAUAUGACAUGGGUAGCUUCUGCCUUCCUCAACUUGAACCCGAAUCUGUUGUACGUGUCGUUGGUGUCAUUGGGCAAUAGUUUCGCCUUUCUUUGCAUCUACCUUGGAAAGAAUUUCUUUGUCACAAAUUCCAGAUCUGCUUUCCAAACACUUCUUUGCGUCCACGAACCGAUUCAGACUUGGCAAACAUCUUCUCGUGCAUUCUUUUGAAGUUUGACACUUUUUUUACUCGAUCUUUUCUCAGAAUUUUUUUCAAAACAACCAAUUCAAGUCUCUUUGAUGUGACUUGAAUUUUGUCAAAAUUCAGGCUCGCGGCAUUAAAACUGUGCAAUCUUCCUCUCAAGGUGCCUUGGCUCAUCCUUGGGCUUGAUUCAACAAAGAGUUGUGGCUGAAUUUACGAAUCUUGACGCUUUUCGAUUUGUGUGCUGAAUUCAUAAUUGCAAUAUUACUCUGUACGCUGCUGUUACACGUCACGCUUGACUGCUGAUUGUCACUGCACACACAUAGGAAGUGAAUAAGAAAAGAAUAAUUGUAACCGGAAUUGCGAGUUUUCUUUGUUUUCCAUUAAUUUAACAUACUAUUUCAAUAUGGUUUGAAUACUUCUUUCAAUAGUAGUUUGGAACAUAAUUAAAAUAACCCAAUAAAAGAACUUGUUUUUAUUUAAUUUUAAAAAGUUAAGUUCUAUUAUUGGAACAUUGAUAUGUUCCAAGUCUCAUCAAGAAAAAAGUGUUAAAAAAUGUUGAAUAUAACCUAAAUUAAAUUUAGGCAGAUUAAGAAAUUAUAGAUAAACUAUUAUACAUAUAAUACUAUAUUCACCUAUUUAAAUAAUAUUCAUGAAAUUGCUUUCCUGCAAUAUUAUUUUGUAUUACUUCCAUCACAUUGAAUCUAUUUAAAACUUCCAAAAGUUUUAAUUUCUUUAUAUUUUGUUAACGAAGCAUCCACUCAAAAAAAAUAUUUCCUUAGCAAAUUAGAGGCCUAUAUAUAUAUGUGUAUAUAUAUAUAUAUAUAUAUAUAUAUAUAUAAAAUAUUACUAGAAGAACUAUAUAUAUAAUAUAAAAAAUUAUACCCGCUUUAACAACAACCAUGUGUGCCAUAUUUGUCCGUCGACUGAUACCGGUUACGAUAAUUUUUUUUUAAUUAUUCCAGCAUACCAAAUGUGUUUUCUCUGAUAUAAGGCGAAUACCUGGAUAAUUGGCACUUUAUGUAGAAUUAUUAGCACAUAUGAAACUUAUUACUAUGCAGAUGAAAUGAUAUAUUAGGAAGAAAAAUUAUAAAAAAAUCUCGCUUCCGUUGUUUCUAUAUAAAUAAUUGAUAGGUGCGCGCGUGCAUACAAAUACAUAUGUAAGUACGUAUAAAGGAGACUGAGAAAUAUUAUUAUACUUAGAAGUAAUCCUACAUUUAAUUAUGUAAUUAUAAUCUAUCAUAAAACAGAACAUAAGUCACUAUAAAUUAGUAUCUUAAGUAUCAUUAAAAUAAUGCACAAAAAACUGUUCUAACAGGAUAAUGUGUGAUGUAAAAAGAUACAGUGUAUGGUGAUAAUGAUUUUUAUUUGAUGGAGAAGAGUAUAAAAAUAUGAAAGUUAUUUCCUUCUAUCUUCUUUUUAUUAAUGAAAAUCAUACUUUUUUUUCUAUAUAUGACAUUCUUUUUUAUAUAAAUCGAUUCUUUUUGUAAGUUUACAUAUUAGGUAUACAAGCAGGUAUCUCAUAUUUUAUAUCUCGACACAUAUUUUCUUGUAUAAAAUAUGAAAUAUUACAAGACUCGUGUUUGAAUAAUCUUAAUGUAGCAUUUGCUUACAAAAAAUGACGAGAUAUUUAUAUAAAAAUAGUAAAAAAAUUAAGAUAUCUUUGAAGAAAAUUUCUAUUUACAUAGAAAUUGUCAUCAUACAUAUGUCCUUAUGUGUAACUUAUAUCCGUUUUUUAUAGCUUGUAUUAUUUGUAAAAUAUUUUUAAGAUACUUAAAUAAACUAUUCGAAAACAUAAAAAUAAAAUGUAUAAGAAAUAUUUUUAAGAUAACUAAGUUAUAUAGUGACUUAUUGUAUGUGUACAUGUUUUUGUUAAUUAUUUAAUGAUAAAGGUGUAAAAUAUGUAUAGCAGGGGUUUGUCGUAUUUAUCAAAGUUAAAAUGAAUUGUAGAGCUCUGACGUAAUUUUUAUCAAUCAAUCUAAUUUUCUCUCUAUUAUUGCUUCCAGUACAUUUAUUUCAUAUAGAAAAAUUGAAAUUUUUUUUUAAGAAACAAUUUUGUUAAAACACUUAAGAGAAUAACAAUAACGAUAAACCCCUCGCAGUAACCUCUAAUAAGGUUGAUUUUUAUAUGGAUACAUUUAUGCAAUUUAUUCUCUAUACUCUCUUGGUUUUUGUUUUUAUCUUUUUUGAAAUCAAUACCGUUAACGUAUACGUUAAAAAAAAUCCAACGUAUGCCCAAAAAUAUCCAAGUUUCCAAAAUGUUUGCUAUAAUUACGAAUUUUUUAUGGUAUUCGAACUGUAAAUUUCCCGCAACAAUUAGUACUUCGUCUCAAGUUUAAAUAUUAUUAAAAAUUCUUGAAUUGCGCGCAAACAUUUUGAAUUCCUGGUAUCCUCAGUAUCAUUCUAAAUACUGACUGAUUUUUUUAAGUCUUCUUAAGAUGAUAAUGUUGAUAGUCAACGUAUUUCGAAAGAUCAAGACAAAAUUUACCAAGGAGACAUUCUUUGACCACCUUUAUUGUAUAUUCCAUAAUUUAAUAAGCUCUUCGUUUUGAAAAUGUUCUGUUUUAAAUAUUUACCCUAACAGCAUAGAUGUCCAGGGGACAUCCAGAGUACAUCCUGAGGAAAUCCUGAGGAUAUUUCUUUAUCCUCAGGAUGUCUUUAGAACGUCCUCAGGAGAUCUUGUGCUGUCUGAGUAAGCUGCAAACAUAUAUGAAUCGUUGCAAUGAAUGUUGAGAUAUAAAUUAAGCAAUAUAUAUUCCUGCAUUAGAUAAUUAUUAUGCUAAACCUCAAUAUUCAUUCAAGUUUUAAUUAUCAGCGAUAUCAUUCUUAAACAUUGUUCUAUAAAAUGUACGACAUCACAUCGUAUUCGAGAAUAAUUAACAUUUAUUGAUACAGAUUUCUGUAUCAUAUAUAAGGAAGCAAUAACAUUAAAUUUCCUGAAGUUCUUUUCUAAUUGCCACUGUGGUAUUGUAACUUUGUAAUUAUAUAAAAUACUGUAUCACCUGCAAUAAUUUUUAGAUGUAUGCAACAAUUUUUCAUCUAUGCGCAGAUUAUACGAUAUAGGUUAUUGCGUCAUGCUAAUAUGUAAAACACUCAGUACAAAAGUUGGAGAUUAUAGUUAUUUCAACAUAUAUCAAUUUGUGUGUAUGCAGAAAUUUAGUCAAAUUGUUAAAUAAAGGAUAAAUAUUUUAUAGUAGUGUUUCAAGUCAGAAUAUAAAGAGAACGAGAUAUAAAAUAA